AUGAGUGUCGCGUUUAAGUUCGGAUUAGUAGUGUUGUCGGCGUGCGUGUGCUUGGCUUCGGCCGACCCGAUCCCCGCAGCGGCGGUCAGGACACAGGACGAUGGAUGUGCCGGAAACCAGGACUCGUUCGCGUGCGCACAGAUGCAGUUCUACCGGGCCGCCCGGUCUUUCUUCGACCAGGACAAGGUUGAUCUGUUAGGAGGUUUGUCCCUCGUCAAGACCGAGAAGAAGGGUAGGUCCCUCGCCGAGAACUCCGAAGAUGUCAACAACGUCGAGAACGCCAAAGACUCCAACGACCGCGAGACCGCACUCGAGGACUUCACCAUGCACAAGGUAAUGCGUUUCUUCCAAGAGAGGACCCUCCACUGGAACUUGUCGCCAAUCGUCACCGAAGUCUCUGAAACCGCCCGCAGCGUCGUCGACCAAAUCCCAACACAAUUCAAAUCCAAAAUCUCCAACUACAUCGAAGAAGGCCGUGGUAUCCUCAAGAAGAAGAAGUUCUUGAAGCAUCUUAUCCCACUCUUGAUCGCUCUGAAAGUCAAAUUAUCCGCCUUUGUCGUUAUCGCCUACGUCGUCAUCGCUUUGAUCGCCAAGAAGGCUCUGUUGGCCUCUGUCAUCUCUCUGCUCGUUUCCGGAUUCAUUGGUAUCAGAAAAUUGUUGGCCGCUCAACACCAAACACCUCACCAUGAAGUGAUCGAGACACACGCCGGACACGGUAGCUACGGUAGCAGCGCCCCAAGCGGUUACAGCGCAUCCAGCUCCGGAUGGGACAGCUACGGAGGAGGACACGACGCCCACGGAUCAUACUCCAACAACGUUGGACAGACCUUGGCCUACGGUGGACAAAAGCCAGUUGCCAGAUAG